UGAGAGAUUUGGCCUCUGUAUGGGCGAAGAACUCCGCAGUCGCUCGCCCAAUGCCGCGCCCGGCACCAGCAAUAAGAACAUGACGACCAUUUUGCGAAGCAGCCAGAUCUUUGUUCUUGCGAGGAUCAGAAGCGUAUUGGCAGUCAUGCUGGUUACCAAGGAAUCUUUCUGGCGCUGGCUCACCCAUCGUUGCUGGUCAAUAGGUCCAAACAGGAGUACCAGUUACUAUUUCGAGUUCGAGGCCAACGGUGACACAUUUCUACGAACUAUAUGUACUCCCCACAUGUUCGCGAAUCUGGGUUGGGGGUUGAAGGGGUGGAGUAAGUGCCUUUGCCGUUUGCUGUCAUCGGCUAAGAACCCAGACUGACUACCGUACAUAUGAGGAUGUGGGGAAGACUUUGUGGGGUCCUUGGAGCAACACGGAGCAACCACAGACGGAUGAAUCAUGGGUUCCAGCAACAAUUUACUUGAUCUUUGGCGAUCAUCAAGCUUUUAUUUUGUCGAGGUAAACUCCGGCAACCGAGAUCUCGCUUCUGCAAUGGGAUCCUCGAGUGCAGAGCAUCGCCAAGUCAUUGUGGUGGGCUGUGGCCCGGUCGGUUUGACUACCGCAACAAACCUCGCAAGACUUGGAGUUCCUGUUCUGAUCUUGGAGAGAAAUCACGAGGUCGAUCAAUCCCCUCGGGCAUCUGCAUACCAACCAUGUGCGCAAGCCGAAUUACUCGAAACUGGGACAUUGGAUGAUGUCAAGGCACAGUCUGUCAUCAACGAUCGGCUCUCAUUCUGGGUCAACAAAGAACGGGUUGCAUACGUUGACAAGAGGGAAGGCGGAGAAAUCUUCCCGGCAGGGAUAAAUUGCCCUCAGCCACAACUCGCAGCAAUCUUGCUUAAUCAUUUGACGACUCGGUACAACUCUGAGGUCAGGUUUAAUCAACAAGUGACAGAAAUUACCCAAAACGAUGAGAGUAACACGGUGUCAGUCACGGCUAUUAAUCCGGCUACAAAAGAGCAAACCAAAUACAGUUGUGAUUGGCUUGUGGGCACCGACGGUGCAGGCUCAAGUGUCCGGAAGCUUUGCAACAUUCCUUUCGAAGGCUUCUCCUGGCCGAAAGAGGACUUCGUGGCGACUAAUAUCAAGUAUGAUUUCUACAAACAUGGCUUUACUACGGCAAAUUUCGUUCUGGAUCCCGUUAAUUGGGCUGUGGUUACCAUCCUCGGUGCUGAGAAAGACCUCUGGCGUAUUGCGUUUGGGGUGAGGGCAGGUUUGACGAACGAGGAAAUCCGAGCUGAGCUGGACGAACACUACAAACAUAUCUUCCCUGUCUGGCCGGUGGAUUAUGAGCUGGUCCAGUUGAACAAGUACAAACCUCACCAGAGAUGUGCUCAGACUUUCAGAAAAGGAAGAGUCCUAUUGGCAGGAGAUGCUGCUCAUAGUAACAACCCAAUCGGCGGCCUCGGACUAACAACAGGACUUCUUGACGCCGGCCCACUAGGCAGAGCUCUUGCUGCCGUUAUCAAUGGGAAAGCCCCAGAGUCUCUUCUUGACGUGUGGGCCAAGGCCAGACGCGACAAGUGGUUGAACUUUACGAACGAGUUCUCCAUUGAGAACAAGAGACUGAUCCAGCGAGGAGGAUACAGCGACGAUCCUCUAGACAUCUGGAAAAUUGACGAUGUUGCCCGAGAACACGAGAUGGAGCAGUGGUUGGCGAUGGCGACUCCAGCGAAGAAGGACGCUGACCUUAAAUUCUACAAAGCGCUGGAAGACCCUCAAGUCCAGCUCAUGAGCCGAAUGAAGCAGUGGGAGAUAACCAUGGACCCGAUGUGGAUGGCUCAAUAUGAAGACCCGGAGGUGGUUAAGUACAGAAUCUCGCUGCGGCCUCCUGCGCUUUCAGCGACCACAAUGGCAGGUACCGAUUAGCAGGAAU